CAACCAACCCCACAACGAACCCGCCCAAAAUGUAUUUUUGCCUGCGUCUCGUGCGACUAUUCCUGAUCUCGGCGAUUCUGUGCGUCGGUUUAUGCUCCGAAGAUGAAGAGAGAUUGGUACGAGACUUGUUCAGAGGAUACAAUAAGCUCAUCCGACCAGUGCAAAAUAUGACGGAGAAAGUGCACGUGAAGUUUGGCCUCGCCUUCGUGCAACUGAUCAAUGUGAACGAAAAGAAUCAGAUUAUGAAAUCGAACGUAUGGUUGAGAUUCGUAUGGAUGGACUAUCAAUUACAAUGGGAUGAAGCAGAUUACGGCGGUAUCGGUGUCCUCAGGUUACCACCUGACAAAGUGUGGAAACCAGAUAUAGUCUUAUUCAAUAACGCUGACGGUAACUAUGAAGUUCGUUAUAAGAGCAACGUACUGAUAUAUCCGAACGGCGAGGUGCUCUGGGUACCGCCAGCAAUUUAUCAGAGCUCAUGUACAAUCGAUGUAACAUAUUUCCCCUUCGAUCAGCAAACAUGCAUUAUGAAAUUCGGUUCAUGGACCUUCAAUGGUGACCAGGUCUCUCUCGCACUCUACAAUGAUAAGAAUUUCGUCGAUCUAUCCGACUAUUGGAAGAGCGGCACGUGGGAUAUUAUUAACGUGCCGGCAUAUCUCAAUGUUUAUAAGGGUGAUUUUCCCACAGAGACAGACAUCACUUUCUAUAUAAUUAUCCGCAGGAAGACUCUCUUCUACACAGUGAACUUGAUACUGCCGACAGUUCUGAUCUCUUUUCUCUGCGUACUCGUUUUCUACCUUCCGGCGGAGGCUGGUGAGAAAGUCACUCUGGGCAUUAGUAUUCUUCUAUCAUUGGUCGUGUUCCUCCUGUUAGUCAGCAAAAUUUUACCACCGACUUCGCUAGUGCUGCCAUUGAUAGCCAAAUAUCUGCUUUUCACUUUUAUUAUGAAUACUGUCAGUAUCCUCGUAACUGUGAUCAUCAUUAAUUGGAACUUCCGCGGGCCAAGGACCCACAGAAUGCCUCAGCUCAUACGCAAGAUCUUCCUUAAAUAUCUGCCAGCGAUCUUGUUUAUGAAACGACCAAAGAAGACGCGGUUGAGAUGGAUGAUGGAGAUACCAAACGUAACACUGCCAGCUUCCACAUACUCGGGAAGUCCGACCGAGGUGCCGAAGCAUCUGCCAGCCUCUCUGGCAAAAUCGAAAAUGGAGGUGAUGGAACUAUCCGAUCUGCACCAUCCAAAUUGCAAAAUUAAUCGUAAGGUUCAUCACACCACGAGCAGUUCUAGCGGUGCUGGAGCAGGGGAAGGCAUGGGCGAUAGAAGAGGAUCCGAAAGUUCGGACUCAGUGUUGCUCAGCCCCGAAGCCAGCAAGGCUACCGAGGCUGUAGAGUUCAUAGCGGAGCAUCUCAGGAACGAAGACUUGUAUAUACAGACAAGGGAAGAUUGGAAAUACGUCGCAAUGGUGAUCGAUCGACUGCAACUUUAUAUAUUCUUUAUAGUGACGACUGCGGGUACCGUCGGAAUCCUAAUGGACGCACCUCAUAUUUUCGAGUAUGUGGACCAGGAUUAUAUAAUAGAAACUUACCGCGGGAAAUAAUCCAAUUUGCCCCAACGAAGCGCAAUCACAAAUAAUAGCCAUUAUUACGCGACCGUUCUCAUUUCGUCUUUUUCGUCGACUUCUUUGAAAUCGACUUCAUAACGCCAAGUGAAUAAUUUUGUCAUUUCAAUAGUAAGCGUAAAACGCUUACAACUCAAGUGGCUGUUUAACAUGCAAUUAUUUUUUAU